AUGGAUCCUGCCCUCGCCACACACCCCAUCCCUCACGGCCACCCCUCCGCUUCCUUCCAGCACCAUUAUGGCACCAGAAUCCGCCAAAACUCCGUCAUCAAACCCUCGGCGCGUUUGCGACAGCCCGCGGACUCCCCCGCCCCACCACGCCGCAUAAGGCCUGCCCUCCCCGUCUCCAAGCCUGGCCAGCCUUCCCUAGCACCUCCGACGGACUCCGGCAUCCCUGACUUUCCACCUCCUCAUGUCAUGCUCCACGUCGAGGAUUCGAGCAGCAAGGUGUUCCUGGCCAUCGGUCGAUCAUUUCUGUCUGUGGACAAUCGCGCCAUGACCAUCAAAGAUCUUGCCGAGAUGACCAUGAAGUUCGGCCUCGUAUGCCAGAACGCGUCCGCCGCUGGCCAGGCCAUCACCACCUAUAUUCGCAAUCAUAUGCACCGGUGUGACACCCAACAGGACUAUCCGCUUCUUUCACGCCACGUUCUCUCCGGCACGCCCUCAGACGACGAACUGGUCUCCGCUCUUCAUUCCCGUUCCGGUGGCGCCCACUGUGCCCUUGCCCCCGGAGACAAUAGGGUCACCAACUUUAGAAGAGGCACCAUGGUCUGGUAUCUGAGCAAAGCCGCCGGCGCUCCCUGCCCGUUCGCAAGAGCCGGCAUCCGCCUCUGCGAGUACACCGAGAACGGGAAGGUGGGUGUGUCGGCAGGCCCCAGGGAGCGGAAACGGGAGAGGGACAGGGUGCGCAGGCAGGAGCAAUGCGGUCAGAAGCGGAAGAGAUUGGCGAGGGCCUGCGCUGAUGGGGGAAAGGCGGAUUCUGAUUCCGGGAGCGAUGCCGAGAAAAGGCCACCGAAGGUGAAGUUGACUCUUCGGUUGAAACCUUCCCCCUCCAGUAUUGCUUCAUCUUCCCCUUUAUCCACUCCGGCCCCGGAGCCGAUCCCGAGAGAGAUCAUCGACGUCUCUGACGACUCAAAUUCCGACGACGACUCGAUGUCUGUGGACUCUGAAAGCUCUUCAGACGAAGACGAAGACGACGAAUCCAUGCGAGACUCGCCUUCGUCUGAGAUGCCGUAUCUUUCACCUCCCGUCGACUCCCCAAUCGCCUAUCGCCGCUCCCCUUCCGUGCCCUUCUCCGUUGCCUCACCGCCACCAGACUCUGAAGACGAUUUUGACUACGUGAAUUCCAUCUCCGCCUUCCGGCGCUAUCCCUCUAUGCCACUGCGAGGUGCUCCGUGGGAUGACGACGACGACGAUAUGGAUUGGGAUGACGAAGACGAGGAUGAAGAAGAGUUGGAACUUGGCGGAUCGAGCCUUCCACGAAUCGCCUCCUCAAGUCACUUUGACGAUAGUGGCUUUGUGAAACAGGAACCUUGUGACCACAUGAGGCGAGUACUCGAUGAAUGGGAACAUCUCGAUAAUGGCUUCGACAGCAUGAAGGUCAUGGAGGUUGUCACUCAGGCUGCUGCUGGAUUGGAGGUUUCGUCGAACAUGGUGAAGGUCGAAGAGUCUGACCAUUGGGAGUACGACAGUCACGACGCACCUAGCCCGACGCCCUACAACCUUCCAGGAGACGACGAGACUUACCACGUUCCGCUCAAGGAAGAAGCGCAUACCCCGUCACUCAUCAUGGGCUAUUCGUCGACAUUCUCUCCGGACGACGACGGUCUUAUAUGCGGCUCCCCACUCACCCCUCUGUCCGUAGUUUCGCCUAUCUCAGAGAUCGGUGAAAUGCGAUGGGCCACCAUGCGUCGGCCAAGCGAGCUCAUGUGGAAAGAUGCAGAGUUGCUUGGGCCCGACAGCAUACCCCCGCACGAGCUCGAGGAAGGAGACUGGGACAGCAAGAAGUCCAGAAGCCAGACGCUGGACCCUGUUCCUUCGAUCCGUGCAGUCUCAGAAGCGCCUUCCGACAUGUCCCCUUUUCCCGAUACACCUUCGGCUGAGUCUGACGAUACUCAGGACGAAGUGCCUCCAACACCACCCACUUUCACAUCACCUCUUCCAUUGUGGCGCCCGUCACAGCCAACGCUAUCUUCAUCAAGGGCCGAUGUUAGACCUCGACCAUCUCCAUUACUCGAACAGAAAGGAGUUCAGACCGACGUCGUUGUCGUGGACACGUGCGAGCCUUGCUCCCCAGCUGUCACUGCAACGCAAGUUGAAGGCAUAACCGUGUAUCAGAUGACCGUCGAAUCGUCCCGUCUGCUCCGCCGCAUUGAUACCGACUUUGUCAACCUCGGUCUUAUUGCCAAAUACUUGAGCGUUCCCACCCCUCCAGCCGCUUCCAUUCCGAAUGCUAUGUAUGUCACUCAAGGCUCUUCCAUCGCAUGUGGUACCUGGGUCCCACUCCCAGAGGCUCAGGCAUUCGUCAAGGAGCAUCGGGCUGCCGACUCCUGCCUUGACACGUUCCUCUCCGACCUCUUGUUUGAGCGUUUCCCCCAGGCCUUGCAGGAUUUUCAUAGGUCAAACGCGCGUGGCCGCCUUCUAAACCAGUUCGGACCACAUUUUGCAUCGACGCAGGAAGCCAAGGAAGCCAAACGGCUCCUGCAACGGAGAGAAGUCCCACUCCGCGAGGCCAGUACACCGUGGGAACGCGGCAUGGUCUCGUACUGGGAUGUGGAAGAUCACCUGCUAUCCGUGCACCCUUCGCUCACGCUGACGGAUCUCUCCCUUCCUAUGAAGUCAGAGGACAAGGCUGUGGUGGAGACCCCACUCAGCCCCACGGAGCAGGAGAUGUUUCAAACGCUCUGCCAUCUCUCGGAUUGGGAGAACUCCCCGCCGACCACAGCCGUGCCCAUCGCCGAUGAUUGCGCCCGGGACACUACCGCGGAGGUCGAUGCUGAUGUCCGGAAGGAGGCCGCGGCGGAUGCGCUGCAUCUUUUUCGCCGGCCGCGUCGUCUCCCGCCCACGCCCACGAAGGAUACCCAUCGGCGUUGGGGCGAGAGAUUGCGACGGAAGCAUUAUGAGCAGCUACGACCCCUUCUGGGAAAACCCCUCCCCCGGCUCCCUCCGCUGCCUUCGCAAAGAGUUGUCGACAGGGCACGCGAGAUGCAAGGGGAUGGCAUGAUUGGCAGAUACAGGCCCCCUGCGCUGCGCGCCCUAGCUUCAGGUGGUUCCCCUCCUAAUGACAUUUCUCCUGCCACCUCCACCACCGCGGCCGAUGGCUCUGGUCUGCCCCCCAACACCUACCCCGCUGGAUUCAGAAGGGCGAGGGCCGGGACCUUACCCUCAAACGUGUCGCUGGCCGCCCAGCAGUAUGCAGCCACAAACACCCUGGGUAGCACCGCCCCCUCCACUGAGUCUUUCAGCGACCAGUUGCAGCAGCUGGCCUCCACGGCACAGAACGCGGCAGCGGCGCCGAUGCGGCCGAGCCUGCGCCACUCGGCUUCCGUAGCUUCUUCUGUUGCUUCGUCUGCGCUUACGGAACGUAACAGUCGUCUUCGCUCGGGCUCAUUGACAAUUCUGCCGUCCGAUGGGCUGUCCAACGCGUUCGGUCCAAGCAUAUUUUCGUCCUCAUGGCUCUCAAACAACAACAGCUCGUUCCCUGUCCUGGAUGAGCUGCACUCGGUCACGUCGAUGGACUCGGGAGCAGACGAGUUCGAUGUUCACACACUCGACUAUUUGGGACUGGACGAGAGUCACCAUAGGAUGAUGCCCCAGGCGGCGACGAUCUCAGAGCUUCGCAACCAGGCUCAGGCUGCUAUCGCUGGGAAUUUGUCCAACCCGCCCCGCAUGCGCGCCACGACGGUUUCACAUCCAUACCGCCGCAUGUCUGCCGCGACGGCGUCGCUCCUGGCCACCCCGAAUGCAGAGGAAGAAGAGGAUAUAUACGAACAGUCUUACAACCGCCAGAACAUCGAUCCCUACGGCGAUUCCCUUACGCCCGACAGCUACUACCCACCAUCGUAUGUCGCGCAAGGCUUCAGGCAGAGCGAGCACCUCGGCGCGAACCUCAAUAGCAGGCCGCGUGCCAUCUCUGUUGGCAUACUCGAGGAUCCGUCGCACCUGCACCGUCGCGCUGCUGCGGCCUUGGACCCGUCCCCAUACGAAUUGGCCACUGCCGUAAACUCGUACAAUAAUGCUGGGGGCAGUCAGCUGAACAUACCCGGUGGUAUUCUGAAGACCGACAAGCUUGCGCCCUCUCGUGGUGCUGGGGUGUCUCCCACUGUCCGCUUCCCCAACGGCGAGCUGUCGGCUACGAGGUCGUCGCCGUAUUUGGCUGCUCCGGGCCAGACGGGACGUGCUGUUUCCCCCAAGUCCGAGCAGAGCACACAGAUGCAGACGCCCACUCGGUCGCUCUGGAUCGGGAACUUGGACAGUUCUGUCACAAGCGAGCAGCUCAUCCAUGUCUUCGCCCCGUACGGCGCCAUCGAGAGUUUGAGGCUUUUGCCUGAGAAGGAAUGCGGUUUCGUCAACUUUGUUGACUUGGCAGAUGCUGUGCGCGCUAAAGAGGACGUUCUUAAUCGUCUUGGGGGAAAUAUCGGCAUGCCUAACGGACAGACCGUGCGCAUCGGAUUCGGCAAAGCCGACAGCGCGCCGGCCGCCCCAGGAAAGGGUGCUGGCGCAUCCACUCCGAACAGUACUUCUUCCAUCGGCACUGGCAAGAACGCAGCGAACGCUGGUUUGAGCGGUAUCGAUGCGCAGCUGCAGUCAAGCCCGACGCGCGCGUUGUGGAUCGGCUCCAUCCCGUCCACUACCACGCCAGCGACGAUUUUGAGCGUGUUCAGUCCUUACGGACCCAUCGAGUCGGCGCGUGUGCUGACUCACAAGAACUGCGGCUUCAUCAAUUUUGAACGCUUGGACGAUGCUGUCAGGGCAAGGAAGGCACUCAAUGGACGGGAUGUCUUAGGUAGUGACGUCGGAGCGAUUCGGAUUGGGUUUGCGAAGGUCCCUGUCAAGAAUGGGCAAGAAGGCGCUGGAGGACAAGAGGAGAACCCUGGUGUCAGUGCGCAAGGCGUGGGCGACCUCAGUGUCGGCGCUACCAUCCACGCCCUACGCAGCGUUAAGGGAGCAUCGACUAUUCCUGUCGAUCAGCAGGUGCUGGGGGGCGCCGUUGAGAACUACCGCUCGAAUUUGCUCUUGAGCAUGAUCAGUGCUGGUACCCACAAUACCGCGUACGUGAACGAUGGUACCCCGAAGCCCGCGGGAUGGACUCCGACUGUUACGGAGCAGCAAAUGAUCAUGAAGGAGCUCGCGGGUGGAAGCCCUGAUGCGGACGCCGAUAUCCAGGCUUUGUCGGAAUUCCGGCCUCCUACCAUGUAUUACACGACCAUCCCUCUUGUUUCCGAGAGGCCCCACAACAGACGUUGGGACGCUUCCAAAUUGCGUGAGCUGCGCAAGCGGAUGGACUCCAACACCAUCUCGGACGAGGAAAUUGAGCAGGUUGCGGCCGAUUUCCUCGAUGGCGAAAUCGUAGACCUCGCUUCAGAUUGGCUUGGCAACACAGUCGUGCAAAAGCUGUUUGAGAAGUGCUCCACCCAGGCUCGUCUCGCGAUGCUGGAGCGCAUCGGCCCUCAUUUGGCAAUGAUCGGUAUCCACAAGAACGGGACUUGGGCUGCUCAGAAGAUCAUCGACUGCGUGCAAACCCCGGAGGAAGUGGCCUUGAUAGCGUCAAACUUGCGCCCCUACGCCCCGCCCUUGCUUCUUGACCAGUUCGGCAACUAUGUCAUACAGUACGUUUGGUGCUGCCUCCGCUUUGGUGGCCCCGCUGAUGACUUUAUCUUCGAUGCGAUGGUCGACCGUUUGUGGGAUGUUGCGCAAGGACGUUUCGGCGCUCGCAGCAUGCGGGCCUGCCUUGAAAGCCCCAACAUCUCCAUCAACCAGCAGCGCCGUAUCGCAACCGCGAUCAUCCUCAAUUCGAUUCCACUGGCGACAAAUCCCAAUGGCGCACUGCUCCUCACUUGGCUCCUUGAUACCUCUGGCUUCCCAUCGCGGUACCUGUUGUUGGCACCUCGCUUCACGCCGCAUUUGUCGCACCUCUGCACGCACAAGCUGGCUUCUCUCACCGUUCUGCGCAUCGUGAACCAGAAGGUGGAGCCCCAGGCAUCCAGCCAGGUCGUGGACGCUCUGUUCUCAUCCCCUGGUGAUCACGUUCUCACGGAUGUUUUGGGAGACCAAGUGAACGGAGUCGCGGUCGUGCACAAGAUUCUCACCAGUCCUUUCAUUGACGCUGCCCAGAGGCCUGCCUACAUCGAAGCCACCAAGCGUGUGCUCAUUGAGCUCAAGGUUAUCGCGACUCAGGCCUAUCGUCGUCUGAUCGAGGAGGUUGGCCUCCCUAUCCCCAACUUCCCGGCGAACUAUCCCAAUGCGGCUACAACACCGGGCGCGAAGACGAAGUUUGGGACUUCGCCGACCACCUACGGCAUGCCUGGUCUUCCAUCUGGCUAUUCCACUCAUGAUCAGAACUUAGCCUCUAUGAUGGCGGCCUUGCAAAUGGGCGGCCAGAACCCCCAGUCCGGGCAGCCCCAACUUUCCAUUGAUCCUGCGUACAACCAAAACAACCCGAACCAGCGCGGUCGUAACUCCAACCCGGCGUCAGCAUUCUCCCCGGCGUCCGACCCCUUCAAUCCCUUCGCCAUCCGUUCCCCCGACUUGUCCAGCCCUCGCGGUGCGACUCCUCGUCGUAAUGGCGGCAUGUCGUCUACGCCGUCCGUUCCCGCGACACCCGUUCCGUCUGGGCCUUACGGGAACCAGUCGCCCAGCCUUGCCUCGGCUGGCAACAUUCUUGGCAUGGGCCAACCCUCCUAUAAUGGAAUGGCACCACAGUCUGUUCCUCCCCAAGCGUAUCAGGCCUACAUGUAUCAAAUGUACCAACAGAACCUCACUCCCAAUAUGGGCGCUUUCCACGCCUAAACGACAACUCAGCGUCCGUGAUGCAUGACCUAUAUAUCUAGCACGUCGCUCUCUUGCAUUCUAUCCCGCCCCGCGAAUUUCUUGUCCUCUACGAUUUCUCCCUCGAGUUCUGUCCCCCUUCGUUGGGUUUAUGGUUGCUUGCAUUGAUUGCUCCACACUUUUUGAUACCCCUGUUUUCCCCCCACGCAAAGUCUCUCUCCCAUACGCCCUACUGCACUCUUUCGAGGACAAAAUCGCGGAUGAGGAUCUUGCGCUGUCGUUGAAUAGCCCGAUGCUGGAAUGGCCGUCGUUUUUCAUUUCUUUUUUCACUUCACAAUUUGCUGCUUGUUUCUUCUUCUCAGCCAGUUUUGAUUCUAGCUUUCUUCCUUCGUCUCUCUAUCUCUGUAUACAUAAGCAAGGCUGUAAAAAGUGGCCAACAAAUAUUAUAGAUGGAUUCACGCGACC